AUGGUUGGGUUUGAUAUUAAAGCGAAAGCACGAAAACGUGCCUUCUUGUUGUAUUUGGCUGGCCCUGAAGUGGAGACCAUUUUCGCAACUCUGUCAGAUAUGGGAACCGACGACGAUUGCUACAUAGCUGUGGAAAGGUUUACUGAGUAUUUCGCGCCAAAACAGUAUGUGUUAUACGAGCGCCAUAGAUUUCGCCAAGCAAAACAACGUGUAGACGAAUCUAUUGAUCAGUUUCAUACCCGAUUGAGACAUCUUGGGGCUACUUAUGAUCUCGGUGAUUUGGAUGACGAAAUUCGUACGCAGAUUGUGGAGCACUGCCGAUCAUCUCGUUUACGAAGAAAAGCACUUCGCGACGACACAAAACUUAGUGAUUUAGUUGCCUAUGCACGCUCAAUCGAGUUAGCCGACAAACAAACCGACGAAAUGGAAAAGAAAUCUACGCUGGAAGAUAAAGUAUACAGUAACACGCAACGUCGAGCCCAGCGACCGAAUAAACAAAUAUCGAAGAAAUGUUAUACAUGCGGGGGGAAUUAUCCACACGUAAACGAGUGUCCUGCAUCAGGAAAAGAGUGCCGAAAUUGCCACAAAAUGGGACACUUUGCCGUUGUGUGUAAAAGUAGACCAGAUGGAAAACAUCUUCCAAAAUCAACUAAUUUAAAGUAG